AUGGGAGUAACGAGUGCAAUUUUGCUAAUCAUAUUUAUACAUCAUUGUAAUGCGCAACUAUUAUGUGCAAAGUCAAGUCCAUUUUUAGCUGGAACAAAUACACCAGUGUGGUUUUUGGAAUCAAACCCGAAAAAUUCUAAAAAUCCCACCCUAAAACAUAUACCAAACGCUCUUAAAGAAGCCGGUCUUAUCAAUAUUAAUAAUAAUAAUAGUUCAAACGAGAAUUCGACAAAUGCAAGCAGUGGAAUUAAAAAAAGAACACUUUAUUUAGAGAUAUUAGUUGCAGUUGACUAUAAUUUAUACAAGAAAUUGGGAGAAAAUAUUGACGAUGCCUUAGAAUACAUCAUCAGUUUUUGGUCUAGUGUUGAUUUACGAUUUCGUCCAUUGCGUUCUCCAAGAAUUUACAUAAAUCUUGCUGGAAUCGUAAUAGCAAAGGAUGACAACGCGAUGUAUUACAUACAAGAAAAUAAAGAUGUUUGGGGACGUGUCGACGGAAAUGCAGUUAUAUUUGAACAAGGAAAAUAUUUUAAGAAUAAAAAUCAAACCGCAAAUCAUGACAUUUUAGUGACAUUAACUGGAGAAGACGUAUGUAUAGUCGAUACUGUACGCGAUGUAUGUAAAUCUGAAACUAUCGGUGCUUCUUUGAUUGGAGCAUCGUGUCUUUCGCACCUGAGUACGGCUAUCGUUGAAGAUAACGGAGCUUUCAAUGGUGUUGUUGCAACUACUCAUGAAAUCGCACAUCUGUUGGGUAUCCCUCACGAUGGUACUGAUGAGGCAGCGCCUUGCAUGACUUGCGAAAGUUAUAUCAUGGCCCCCUCGAUAUUUAAAUAUGCCGUAAAUAACUUUAGAUGGUCAAGUUGCAGUAAGGAAAUUUUCAAUCAAGUGCCAGCGAAACGAACAGCAGAAUGUUUGAAAAAUAUACCAAACCCAGGUUCAUUGGUUCAAUUUCUUCUACCAGGACAGGUAUUAAGUGCGAAUCAACUAUGUCAAAGAACCGGUAAUGACGUCGCUUGUUAUAAUCCCAAGAGAAUGUGUAAUAAGCUUAUUUGUUUUAGUACAAAAAGAUCUAAUUGUAAAAAAAUAGGUAUUACACCCGAUGGAACGAUCUGUGGAGAAAAUAAGUUCUGCUUUUCUGGGGAAUGCAUUCCUGAUAACUGA